AUGUCUGCACGCAUCCAAAACCUCUCCGAUUGGGCUCCGACCCAGGAGGCUAUCUACGACGAGCCCUCCACAUCCGCCGUUCAGGAAGAUGCCUUUGAUGGGAACGCCAAUGCCAGGCCUUCUUUCCAGCAGCAUCGACUUCGUAGCAUGAGUCUUUCUCUUCCAUGGCGCCGCAAAUCCUCCAUCUUCCACAUCGAACCCGAACUAUCAAGCCAUCUCGAAGAGCUCUCCCUCGAGCGAUCCCGAAGCCACGCCGGCCCUAGCGACGGGAACGCUGAGAAGCACGGUCAUGGAACACACGCGGGGGGCAACAGCAAUGGCAGCAUCAAGGGCAUGUUCCGUAGGGCGUCCAUAUCGUUGAAGGGCAUUGUCCACCACCACAAGAGACAUUCGAUCGGGGGUGCUCACGGCCUGGAGGAGCCUCAACAUCACGCCCGUCCCGGCACUGCCCACGUCAACUCCCACUGGCACCGCCUUCGCCAGGCUACGAGCUUCCGUCACUCCAAGACGUCCCACGGCCCCGACACACAAAGCGACGCCUCCGCAUCUGAUCACUGCUUUCCCUGCUUGCCGCUGCCUGGUAGUGGGAGCGCGCCGCCCGUGAUCCCUUUCCACACAGGCGCUGCUGCCAAGGCCUCUGCCGCGGCAUCGAACCAGGCCUUCCAGAACAAAUGGCUUCGCGCUUCCUCUGAUGACUUCACCGAUCGCGAGAGCGGCAUUGGCAUCACUGUCACUGGUGUCGAGUCAGAUGUUGACGUGGAGGUGGAAGACGCCAAUAUCAGCCGAAUCAACUUCAUCUCGCAGCUCCCUGUUGAGCUUGCGAUUCAGGUUCUCGCUCAUUUGGAUGCCACGGCUCUCGGCGCUGCGAGCAGGGUCUCGCGGGAAUGGCAGCAGAUGGUCAAGAACCAACACGUCUGGAGGGAGUCAUUCUUGCGCGAGAAGACUGGAACCUAUGCCACCAGCCUUCCCGUCCAACCAGGAACAGGACAGGGCGUCCCGCCAAUCAACCCAGGCGUGAACUGGAAGCAAAUCUACAAGGCCAAGGAAGAGCUCGAUCAGCGAUGGAAGGAGGGCAAGGCUAAGCCUGUCUAUCUGAAUGGGCACCUGGACAGUAUCUAUUGCCUUCAGUUCGACGAAACCAAGAUCAUCACCGGUUCUCGCGACAAGACCAUCCGAGUCUGGGAUAUGCGGACAUUCGAGUGUCGUCUGGUCAUCGGGCCGCCAGAAGUCGUCAACGACGUAUCUCUGCUUCUGGACGAAGAUGGACAGCCGGUUCAUUAUGCAACUCUUCCCGACAACCAGCGCGCGAAUCCAUCGAUGCCUGCCAUGGUCUCCUUCCCCACCCAUCACAAGGCAUCGAUUCUUUGCCUGCAAUACGACGACCGCAUGCUCGUCACUGGAUCGUCUGACUCGAGCUGCAUUGUGUACAAUGUUCGUUCGGGCUACAGACCUGUACGCCGUCUCCAGCAUCACACCGCCGCUGUGCUGGAUCUCGCUUUUGAUGACAAGCACAUCAUUACGUGCAGCAAGGAUAUCAGCAUCUGCGUGUGGGACCGAGCGACCGGCACUCUCCUCCGUCAGCUUCGAGGGCAUUCUGGCCCAGUCAACGCUGUCCAGAUGCGCGGCAAUACCAUCGUGUCUUGUUCGGGCGACUUCCGCGUCAAGCUCUGGAACAUUGACACUGGCAAAAACAUUCGAGAAUUCCAGGGUCACACCAAGGGCCUGGCAUGUUCUCAGUUCUCCGAAGACGGCCGGUAUGUCGCCUCGGCCGGCAAUGAUAAGGUCAUCCGCAUUUGGGAUGCCAACACGGGCGAGUGUCUUCGCGAGAUGAAGGCCCAUGAUAACCUCGUGCGCAGCCUGCAUAUCGACUCGGUCAGCGGGCGUCUUGUCAGCGGCAGCUACGACACUGAUAUCAAGGUCUUUGACAUGGAGACCGGUCGCCAGUUGCUCGACUUUCCCCGAUGGCACGCUAGCUGGGUGCUGAGUGCGAAGAGCGACUACCGGAGAAUCGUCAGCACCGGACAGGAUCCCAAGAUCCUCAUCAUGGAUUUUGGUGCCGACGUCGCCGGCAUCGAGGCACUCGAGAGCAGCGGCGGUACUUGCGAGAUAGAGGGCGGAUACAUCUAG